AUGAGUGCGGCGAUUGGUUUAAUCGCCUGCGCCGUGUCUUCCUUGUUUUUUGGAAGCGUUUACGUUCCGAUCAAAAAGUUUGAAAGUGGCGAUGGUGGGUUUAUUUUUUGUUGUAAUUUGUAUUUCUUGUUGUGGUUGUAAAUAACAGGUUUGUGUAUAGCUCAUUCACGGCUGGUUUGAGCCAUCAAAAAAAUGGUCCUGUCACGAUAAUGCAUGAGAUAGCGCCUGGAUCAUGGAGAGCGCAGACAGGACACGCCCCCUUAGCGUCCCAAGCUGGCCGUGAAUCAGCUUGAUUCACGGCCAGCUUGGGACUAUAGUUGAGCUUGGAAAAAAAGUAAGAAAUACGAAAAAAAGAAAUUUAGCUUCUUUUUUUAUUUCUCUUUGUUCUUAAGCUUCAAAAUUUUUACGUAAAAAUAAUUCCACGAAGUAUUUCUUUUAAACUUUAUCAUGAUAUCUGAGAUAGAAUGUUCAUGGAGAUUUUUUUUGACGCUUUGGAAAUUUUUCCCCGGAUUUUUCUUAAAAGUUAGUCCUUUCCUAGGUGAACCAAACGGGGUGGGAGACGUCCAAAAAAAUUUGGCGCGAAAAUUCAAAUCUCAAGUACGCAGCCAAAGAAGAUCAAACAAACUAGUUAUUAACGUUGAAUACUCAGUGGAAUUUGUGACGUAGAAUGACGUCAUUUUAUCCGGAGCGCGCACUUACUUUUUUUUUCGUGAAUUCAAAAACUUUGACGCCCUCACCCCAUUAGGAAUGCCGUGGUGAAAUGGAUCAAAAACUAGUUUCUUUCAGGACUUUUCGUCCAAUGGGUGAUGUCGGCUGCGAUUUGGCUCGUUGGCCUUGCUGUUUAUGCGAUGGAAGGAUUCCCGAAAUUCGAGCCCCUAGCCAUGAUUGGCGGCAUGUUGUGGACUUUGGGUUGGUGGAAAAAAAAUGCUAGGAUUUUUUUUAUUAUGCCAUGCUUCAAGUAACUUACGCGCAGCGCAAAAUUAUUUCUGACUCUCCAAAAAUAAGUUUUUUUCCAUUCUGUGACGGUUAUUUUGAAUUUCGCGGAUUCAAUUUGAACACGGAAUCACAUAUUUUCUGGUCAAUCGAGCUAUAGAUUUGAUUUACUUAAGGCUCUUCAAAAUUGAGAAAACGAACUUAACUUCGAGACUUGAAGGACUUUUAUGAAUGAAGAGAUCUAAAAUUUAAAAAAAGGCAUGAAGUUCAGGUAACUCAACGGCCGUACCAAUCAUGAACACGAUUGGAAUCGGAAUGGGCAUGCUGAUUUGGGGAACGACGAAUUGUAUUGCGGGAUGGGCGUGUGGAAGGUUUCUCGAUUUAUAAGUUAUGGAAUUGGAAAAAAAAAACUGCACUCUACGAAAAAUGGUUUUCAAGGCCUUCUUCACUCGAAAUAACUGCGAAAAUAUUUUUUCUCAUUUUUUUUUCCCAUUUUUAAAGGUCGGUUCAGAUUCGGCUUAUUCGGCAUCCAUGCGACGGUUCCUGAAAAGCCGCUCCUGAAUUAUUUUGGUCUAUUGUUGGUCAUCAUUGGGUGAGCUUUUUGCUGCCUUUUUUAGGGUUUUCAGAAAGGAAUAUAGGUCAUUCCGCGUCAGCUUGUCACGAUUUUAAACUUCCUCAGAGCUAGAGAACCCCUUUCGGCGCUUCGCUUCGAUGCUCUCGGUUGUGUAUAGUGAAACCGAAAAAUGAAAUCAAUCCAUUGAAAACAACCUAGUAAAUCAAUAAAAGAGUUAGAGAAGAUUUAAGCAAUAUCUUGAUCAGGAAUAAUGUUUUAUUAAAGGCGCACGCAGGGGGGAACACCGAGAGCAUCGAAGCGAAGCCCAGAAAGGGGUUCUCUAGCUCCGAGAAAAAUUAAAAUCGUGACAAGCUGGCGCGGAAUGACCUAUAAAACCAUUUUGGAACCCUGAAGUGAAGUCUUCAAGAAUUAAAACUUCUCUGGGUGAUUUUUUAUAACUAAAAGUUUGAAAAAUCGGACCUUUUUUCCGGGUGAUCAGAAACUAUAUCGAUUCAAUGGGGACCUUGAACUUAACUUUUUGAUGGCGUCUUCAAUAUUUUUCAUUUUCUCAGAGGCUUCAUGUUCUCUCAAAUCCGGUCCAACUCGCAACAAACGCGGAGCAACAGCCCCUUGCCACGGAUUGAUGAAGACGAAAAUAGUCCGCUCAUUUCGCCUUCCAACGAAGAUGCCCUGCCGUCUCUCAGGAAUACCACUCAUCGCAAUGAGAGGAGGAUCAUGUGAAUAUUGGCUUCUCAGGCACUGGUGCGCGCACGCGCGGGGGUACUGAUUCUUUUUUCGCCUUUUCCACUGAAAUAAGGUUUUGAAAUAUAUUUUUUAUAUUUUUUUGAUAUUACCCAGUGCCCCUGCUCACGUUUUAAAGUUGUUCCGAGCACUUUCGAACAAAUUUAUGAAAAAUAAGUUGCCAAGUGAAACUUUGAUAUUUCACAUUUUUUUGUGCAAUCUAAUUGUUAUAAACUGGUGCAGAGCAAUGUUAAGAGAUGAACAGACAUGAGAAAUAUUAAAUUUAUAACUUUUCAAUUAGUUAAAAAGCUAAAAAACAAAAGAGACACCCCGCGCGUGCGCGCAGCAGGCGGCGCGCAUGCGCACUUUUGGCAACAAACACGCGCCGUCAGUGCCUGAGUUAUAACGAUGAAAAAUAUCAAAAGAUAACGAAAAUCAGAAAAUUGCAUUAUUUCUUGAGAUUCUUUUCAUGACUUUUUUGAUCCCAAAGGAUUGGAACUGCCAAACUUGAAUUUUGAAAAACAGGAAGAUAAAAAAUUUUAAGUCUGCUAGUUUGGGACUGCCAAAUUUGAAGCUCUGCAAGUUUGGUACUGCCAAUUCUAAGCCUGGAAAUUUGGGACUGCCAUUUUUUUAGCUCUGCGAAUUUGGGACUGCCAUUUUUCCAGCUGUGAAAGUUUGGGACUGCCAAAUUUGAAGCUCUGCAAUUUUGGUACUGCCAUUUUUUUGGAGUCAUCAGAACAUUAGAAAAAAUAAAAUUGACUUUAUAUUACGGUGGAUUUACAGAGUUGUUGAAGACACGUGGAAAAAAUGGUCUUGACUAGAAAUAGAGUUUUUUAAGGCUUCAGUAAGUCGCUAAGCUUUCACAAUUUUCAGAAAUUGAAGUUUAUUUUAAAAACCCUUACUCAACAGGUUAGAAGUUUAAUAGAAUUGAAAUAAACUUUUAAAAAAUAUCAAAAUUGGUCAAAAGGUGUCAAGUUUAACUUUUUAUACAAGUCAGAAAUGAGUUGGUUAGAUUUUUAAGGUCAAGUAAAAACAUCUUUUUGACUUAAAAAGUGGUAGAUUGAAGAUUUUGUUCACUGUCAACGCGCCAACAGAAAGUUGAGUUUUCUCAUCAUAUAGUUCUUUUAGGAACGUUUAUAUUUAUGUUAUUUUUCAAUCAAAAAAAUCGUUUCAGGACGAGAUAAAAACCUUUUUAUUUAUGUCUUUUUUUAGCGCCAUCGCCGUCGCUCUUUUUCGCUGGUAUUUUGUAUGGAACCACCUUCGUUCCAGUUAUUUAUGUACAAGAUCAUCCGGAGAAGGUUUUUUUCUGAUUAAUGACCAUAUUUUGAUUAUAAGAGGCUUACCAAGCGAAUAAUGAAUUUGAUAAUAUUAGCGAGACGUUUCGAAUGUUAAAAAUUAUCUUUUCCAGUUCCCCGACGCUCCUGUGAAUGGACUUUCCUACGUUUUUGCUCAUUUUUCGGGGAUUUUCGCCAGUGCGACCGUUCUUCUCAUUGGAUAUGUGCUGAUUACGAAGGUCUUAUCCGGAAGAGCCAUAUAUAAAAAAAGAGUUUUCAGAAUAAUCCCUUCGUGAACAACGCCAUCGUUGGACCCAGUCUUCUUGGCGGCCUGCUCUGGGGCAUCGCUCAAUCGUCUUGGUGGGUUUUGCAGUCGUAGGGAUAAAAAAUAAAUGUGUUAAUUUCGAAUAACUUUUUUUCUCCGAAAAUAGGGAAUUUUUUUACAUUUUCAAUUAUACCGUAUGAUUCACAAUGAAAAGCUCAACAAGAUAUUGCUUUCACCUGAAACAUCGUUUCAUACUGCUCCUAUGCCUAUAAGGGAUAUGAUGUAAAAUUCCCACAUUAGAGCUUAUAAGGAAGUUCUGAACCUUCACUUCAUUGUAAUAUUUUCGGAAAAUCAUAAUUUCUAAAGUACAUAAUCUCAUACUGAUGAGGGUAGCCAGCCGUGCUAACAUGGGGCCUCAGCGGGUGUACCCGUAUAAGCACCGCUAGUAUAACUUUUGGCACAUUUUACCCCAAUGGAGGCCGUUUUAGCCCAGCUGAGCCUCAGGUUUUUGAAAUUAUCACAGCUGCUUUAUCUAUUUCUUCUUACACCGGUUGUUCCCCCGUUUUGGCACAUCUGAAACUCAAAUAGCUUCAAAAACACGGGUGCACCCGUUGAGACACCUGGCCUGCAUGAAAGUACAUAAGAGCUUUGAGCAAUUUUUGAUUUUUAUAGCCAAUUCACGACAGGUUUAGGCCAUCAAAAAAUAAUCCUGACACGAUAAAAGAAAAAAUAGUGUCUGGUUAGUGGAGGGCGCAAACAGUGCCCCGCCUCUUAUCAGGGAAUGGUCCCCAGUCGCAGUGGCACAUCUUAAUAAGACCGAUUUUUUUUUUGAACAAUCGUCCUUUUUUCAAAUCGGUAUAAACCUUGAUGCCGGUUCUGAUCUUCGGAAAAUCAGGCGCAAGUAGUUUCUGGUCGGACGCAAGGUAGCCUAACCAAAAAGCCUGGAGCUACUCAAAACUUCGAGCUCUUGAAAAGGCUUUUGUUACAGCCAUUCCAAAUGCGACUUGCGUGAAAAAGGUGCAAAUGUAGCUUUUCAAUGCUGGUUCCAAAUCUGGUCUCGAAAAAUGCCGAGGACGCCUGGGAAAAAAAAGUUAUGGAAAAAGUUACUGAUUAAAAAACAGUUAUCUUUUUCGAGUUUUUUUUUUAUUUUGAGACGUUUUUGAGGACUUUCCAAUUCAUAUUCAUUUGAAGGGUAUUGAGAAAGAGAAAUAUCCAACAAAAUUUUUCUGUCCGAAACUGUCUCUUCAGGUUCGUCGCCAACGACAAUCUCUCCCAAGCCGUCUCAUUUCCCAUCAUCAGCAUGUUGCCCGGCGUUUGUGCCGCCAUUUGGGGCGUUUUCUACUUUCAGUACGGAUAUUCUUCAUCAGAAAGAUAAAAAAAAAGCUAUGAAACUUCCAGCGAAAUCGAAGGGGCUCGAAAUCUUCGGAUCCUCUCAAUCGCCAUCCUGACGACGCUAACUGGCGCCGUUUUCGUUGGAAUUUCGAAAUAA